UUUCUCUCACACCUCUCUAUAACUUUCUUCUCCACUGCCUCUACUUUCCUCUCUCUGCACUUUACCUUAAUCCCUAAGUCUUCUUUACCUUCUUCUUCUUCCUUCCAUUUGUUCUGCUAACAAAAAGAACAUUGAAAAGCCAGGGCUUCAUUCUGUCUACUCUAUGUGUUCUUCAAUGGCAGAGAGUGAGACAGAGUAUAAUUACGGCAAACACCAAAAGUUGGUCCCAGAACAAAACCAUGAAAACCCAAGUAAGUUUUACAAUCAUUUUCUAUACAAAGUUGCUCUAGUUGUAGUUUUCUUUGUUAUUCUCCCACUUUUUCCUUCACAAGCUCCUGAGUUCUUCAACCAAAGUGUAAUCACCAGAAGCUGGGAGCUUCUGCACCUUCUCCUUGUUGGCAUAGCAGUCUCUUAUGGGCUUUUUAGCAGAAGAAAUGACAUAACAGAGAAGGAAAACACUAACGCAAAAUUCGAUAAUGCUCAUUCGUAUGUGUCUAGAUUUCUUCAGGUGUCUUCAGUUUUUGAUGAUGAGACUGAAAUUCCAUCUGGCUCUGAUGAGAACAAGGUCCAGUCAUGGAGUAGUCAGUAUUACAGGAACGAACCGGUGGUGGUUGUAGCUCAAGAACACUCUGCUCUUGAUGAACAGAGAGGUAACGCUUCAAGAAUUGGUGAAAAGCCAUUGCUUUUGCCUGUUAGGAGCUUAAAACAACAUGUUCCUGACACGGCUAAUAUAGGGUCUGUUAAUGAAUCUAGUGCCAGUUCUGGUUCUCUAAGUAGAUCUAACUCAAGGUCAGGCUCGAGAAGGUUUUCAAGCAAAUCGAAUAACAAGGCUCUAGGUGGUGAAUUUGGAGGGUUGGAUCAUCAAGAAUUGGAGGAGAAGUUGAAGGAAAGUGUUGUGCUUCCUUCUCCAAUUCCAUGGAGAUCAAGAUCAGGAAGGAUGAAUGUGAAGGAAGAAAUUAUUAACAGUCCUCCAAUGGAGGAAUUUGAGCUUAACCGCCAAGAGUCUUGGGGUUCGAGGUCCCAAGGUUCUCGUUCUUCGAGAUCGAAUUCCAUGUCUUCAUCCCCAAAGCUGUCUCCUUCGCCAUCACUUUCGUCUCCAAAGAAGGCAUCUCCUUCACCUUCAUUGUCAUCGGAGUCUCAAGCCAAGAAUGCUGAGGAUGUGGGGAGGAAGAAGAGCUUUUACAAGUCCUGUCCUCCCCCGCCUCCACCUCCCCCGCCAAUGUUUUAUAAGUCAUCAUCAAUGAGACCAAGCAGAGAUGGGGUUUUGUAUGAGAAGGACUUGAGGAGAAGCUUCAGUAGUGAAACAAGGGACUUGAAUAGGAGCAAUGGAGAAUAUGUGAUGGGGAGAGUGAUGGGAGAAUAUGGAUAUGUAAAUGGCAAUGUGGAGAAAAACUUCAAGCAAGCUGAAGAAAAUUUGGUGGAGAAAGCUGCAAGAAAGAGGGUGGGAUUUGAUGAAACUUCUUUUAUUGGGACUGAGAAUUUAGGGCAUGAAAGCAUCCCCAACAUGCCAAACUCAGAUUUCAAUGGAUUUUCGGAGGAAGAGAAAGAAGAUUUUCUCAACAGCGUGGUUAUGGAAUCGGAUGAAGAAACAGAAAGUGAGGAUGACAACUUUGGAGGAAGUUUCAUCCAGAAAGACAUUGGAGAGACCCCAAAGCCAACUCCAAGGAAUUUCAUUUCGGCUUCUAGCAGUGGAAGUGAUGGAGGGCCUGAUGUGGAUAAGAAAGCUGAUGAGUUCAUAGCCAAAUUCAGGGAGCAGAUUAGGCUUCAGAGAAUAGAUUCUAUCAAGAAAUCGAGUGCUCAGAUUAGUAGAAAAUUGUCAAGGUAAACAGGAUGAAUUAAUUAUGUUCCAAUUGACUUGGUAUCAUACCUUGUGUCUCAAAAUUAUGAUCAUGGUAUACAAAGAUUUAUAUGUUUUCUUUU